UUUGCCAUCUCGUACCUCUGUUCUCUGGGUGGGAGUGGGGUGCUCAUGACUGGUGCUUGGCUCUCCUAGAGCCCUCGGCCCUGUGGGGAGGGGUUCAGGCCAGCCCCAUUUGAGGUGGUUCUCGGAGAAGGAGGCCACGUGUGGGAAAUCCCUGACUACAGUCCUGCGACUGCUGUCCAAGGCGCAGAUUUCAAGCACCCCCCGCCCCCCUACCCUUUUCUUCCAGCCAGACUCCCUGCCUUCAGAUUCCCCUCCCCCUUCCCUAUGGACAUGAUGGUUUGAGCACCUCACUUUUGGAGAGCACAGAGGGUCUUUGUGGCCAUGCUGCCAUUAGGGGAUCUGAGCCCCAGGAUAACUGCCCUGGGCGGCAGGUGCUGUAGUGUCAGGCAGGGCUGGGUGGGGGAAGGACAGAAAGCAGCAGCCAGAACUCUUCGACUGCUCACAGGGCUGCUGAAGCUGGCUGGCCAGUGUCAGGUCCAGGCUACUUUCCUCCUGCCUCUGUCCAUUGCCGGCCAUGGCCUGGGCACCCUAUCCAAAGCAUGGGGAGCCAGUUGAAGGGGGUGUGGUCAGUGGUGUGCUGCCCUGGCCCAACUUGCCGUGCUCCUGGGCCAAUAGCAACAGUUCCUUGCACUACCCCGUGAAUGCCUCCCAGAGAUGAGGGGCGAAGGCUUUUCAGGUCCAAUGGUGCAUAGACUGCCAGACCCACAUUCAGCCUCCUGAAUCCUGAGCAUGGUCCCCACUGAUGUAGAGUGCUGCAGAGUGGAACACAUGGGUUGGGGGGGGUUGGUCAGAGCUAGGUUUCAAUUCAGGCACUGCAGUUUUCACAUGCUUACAGAGUACCUGCUGUGUACCUGGCAAGAGUCUAGUGGCUCACCCUGGCCAGGCCCCAUCUCCCCGUGGAUCAGAUUAAGUAGGUGCCACAGGAGAACCUCCUGGUGAGGUUUGCAGACAGGUAGGCAGUGCUCACAGCCAGAGUUGCUUUGGUAGCCUGCUGAUUUUGCAUUUGGCCUGACUGAAAGUGCAGUUCUCUGCAAGCAAGGAUUUCUGCCUGUUUCCCAAGUGCCUGGCACACAGUGGGUGGGACAGGGGAAGGGGUACUGGAGCCAUGCAGAAGACCCAGCAGAGCGAAGCAGACAGGUGGGGCUGAGAAGAGCUGCGUGCAGAGUCCUGAAGCCAGCACCCUGGUUAACAGAGCCUGGGCCACAGCCAGGGGGUGGGGCCAAUGGGCUGUCAACCUGGGCAGUGAGCACUCCUGGACAUUUCUGAGGCAGAAGCAGGUGCCAUGGACAUCGGGUGGCGUCUGGCCUUUUUGCUGUUGCUGGUGGGAGGCCUGGGGCAGUCAGCAUGGCCAGCAGUAGUGGCCCUGGUGCUGCGCUGGCUCCUGGGAGACUCCAUCUGCUUGGUGCUUCUGGGGCUGGCCCUGCUGGGGUGGCCCUGGCUGGGCCCCUGGAUGCCCCCCUGGCUGAGUGUGGCAGCUGUGGCCAUCACACUGGCCCUGCUGCCAGCACAGCCACCCCCAGCGCUGCGCUGGCUGCCUGCUGACCUGAACUACACCUUCAGCAUCCUCUGCCUGGGCCUGAAGACCUGGGUGCGCCUGAACCGUCGGAGGCCUGAUACCUUCGUAGAUUCCUUUGAGCGGUGGGCGCGAGCCCAGCCAGGGCGCACGAUCUUGGUGUGGACGGGGCCAGGGAGCCAGUCGGUCACCUUCAGGGAGCUGGACGCCCAAGCCUGCCGGGCAGCAUGGGCCAUGAGAGCUGAGCUGGGUGGUGCCCUGGGCCUGCAUGCCAGGGAGCCCACCGCCCUCCUGAUGCUGCCUUCACAGACCAUGGCUGCCCUGGCCUUGUGGCUGGGGCUAGCCAAGCUGGGCUGUCCGGUGGCCUGGAUCAACCCGCACAGCCGGGGGGCGCCUCUGGUGCACGCAGUGCUGAGCUCUGGGGCUCAGGUGCUGAUAGUGGACCCAGACCUCCGGGAGAACCUGGAGGAGGUGCUUCCCAAGCUGCAGGCAGAAGACAUCCGCUGCUUCUACCUCAGCUACUCCUCCCCGACGCUGGGGGUGGGGGCUCUGGGCGCCGCCCUUGAGGCCGCGCCCCCAGACCCUGUGCCCGCUGAGCUGCGAGCUGAGAUCAAGCCGCGGAGUCCAGCCCUGUUCAUCUACACCUCAGGGACCACCGGGCUCCCGAAGCCAGCCAUCCUCACCUACGAGCGGGUGCUGCACAUAAGCAGUAUGCUGACCCUGUUUGGGGUCACAGCUGACGACGUGGUCUACUCGGUCCUGCCUCUAUACCACACGAUGGGGCUCGUCCUUGGGGUCCUCAGCUGCCUGGAGCUUGGAGUGACCUGUGUCCUGGCCCCCAAGUUCUCUGCCUCCUGCUUCUGGGACGACUGUCGGCAGCAUGGUGUGACUGUGAUUCAGUACGUGGGCGAGGUCCUGCGGUACCUGUGCAACACUCCCCAGCGGCCAGAGGACCGGACACAUACAGUUCGCCUGGCGAUUGGCAGUGGACUCCGGGCAGAUGUGUGGGAGACAUUCCAGCAGCGCUUUGGCCCCAUUCGGAUCUGGGAAGUCUACGGCUCCACCGAAGGCAACGUUGGCUUUGUCAACUAUCCAGGGCGCUGUGGGGCCCAUGGCAAGACAAGCUGCUUCCUUCGAAUGCUGUCCCCUUACGAGCUUGUACAGUUCAGCAUGGAGACUGAGGAGCCAGUGAGGGACAAUCGGGGCCUCUGCAUCCCUGUGAGGCCAGGGGAGGCCGGGCUCCUGUUGACCCAGGUGCUAGGCCGCCAACCUUUCCUGGGCUACCGCGGAGCCCGGGAGCUGUCGGAAAGGAAGCUGGUGCGGAACGUGCGGCGCCCGAACGACGUUUAUUACAACUCUGGAGACGUGCUCACCGUGGACCGGGAAGGCUUCCUCUGCUUCCGCGACCGCCUCGGAGACACCUUCCGGUGGAAGGGGGAGAACGUGUCCACGCGAGAGGUGGAGGGCGUGCUGGCACAGGUGGACUUCCUGCAGGAGGUGAACGUCUACGGUGUGUCUGUGCCAGGGUGUGAGGGCAAGGUGGGCAUGGCUGCCGUGCAGCUGGCCCCCGGCCGGACCUUCGACGGGCAGAAGAUGUACCAGCACGUCCGCACUUGGCUCCCUGCCUACGCCAUCCCCCAAUUCAUUCGUAUCCAGGACGCCUUGGAGAUAACAGGCACGUUCAAACUGAUGAAGUCCCGGUUGGUACGAGAAGCCUUCAAUGUGGGUGUCAUUGCUGACCCGCUGUUCGUGCUGGACAACCAGGCCCGAGCCUUCCGGCCCUUGACGCCCGACAUAUACCGGGCAGUGUGUGAGGGAACCUGGAGACUCUGACCAUCUGUUCAGCCCACAGACAUCUGAAGGCCCCAGGCCCAACGCUGAUCACCACCCGCACUUGUCCUGUCACCUCCACCCCAGACCUGAUGGUGGUGGGGGGGGGUCGUCAUGAAUCCCAGCCUGGCCUUAUCCCCAGCUGCACAGUGUGGGGCAACCCUGGGCCCAUGGCUGAGCAAUAAUAAACUUGAAUGUAUA